ACUGAAGCCGAUGUAAGCCAUUAAUAGAUAUGGCGACGAGGGGGCUCCGACAGCGGCUAAAAAGAGGGAGCAAACAGGAUGCUAGCAGCGUGAAUCACACCAUUAAUAAAGAUGAGAGCAAAGGUGGUGAAGAAAUUAAAGCCGCAGAGACAAAGAGCGAGUCCUCUUCCAAUAAAGCUGGACAGGUCUGGGCACCAGAAGGAUCCACUGCCUUCAAAUGUCUUGUGUCGGCUCGCUUUUGUGCAGCGCUGCUCAGCAAUAUUUCUGACUGUGAUGAAACUUUCAAUUACUGGGAACCAACCCAUUAUUUGCUGUACGGAAAAGGGUUUCAGACAUGGGAGUACUCGCCAGCAUAUGCUAUCCGCUCAUAUGCUUACCUUUGGCUUCAUGCACUUCCUGCCUGGUUUCAUGCAAAAGUUUUGCAGACCAACAAGGUCCUGGUGUUUUACUUUUUACGAUGCCUUUUAGCUUUUGUUUGCUGCAUCUGUGAGCUCUACUUUUAUAAAGCUGUAUGUAAAAAAUUUGGGUUGCAUGUGGGCCGUCUCAUGCUGGCCUUUUUGGUCUUGAGCACUGGCAUGUUCUGCUCUGUUGCUGCCUACUUACCCAGCAGUUUCUGUAUGUAUGCUACUGUUGUGGCCAUGACUGGCUGGUUUACAGAGAAGACUUCUAUAGCGGUGUUGGGUGUGGCAGCAGGAGCCAUUAUUGGAUGGCCAUUCAGUGCCGUCUUGGGGUUGCCAAUUGCUUUUGAUCUGUUGUUAAUGAAAAAACAGUGGAAGACUUUUAUUUGCUGGACCCUUGUUGCACUUGUCCUUUUUUUGGGUCCUGUUGUUGCAAUUGAUAGUUAUUACUAUGGAAAACUAGUGAAUGCACCACUCAACAUUGUGUUGUACAAUGUCUUCACAGCUCAUGGACCUGAUCUGUACGGUACUGAGCCCUGGUAUUUCUACUUGGUUAAUGGUUUCUUGAAUUUUAAUGUGGUGUUUGUGCUGGCUGUGUUUUCCUUACCACUAACUGCUCUAAUGGAGGCUCUGCUCAAAAGGUUCAAUGUUCAGAACCUUGGACGACCUUACUGGCUGACUCUCUCACCCAUGUAUAUUUGGAUGUUGAUUUUUUUCACUCAACCACAUAAAGAAGAGCGUUUCCUGUUUCCUAUAUACCCUCUAAUUUGCCUUUGUGGUGCUGUGGCCUUGUCCUCCUUACAGAAAUGUUACCAUUUCCUGUUCCAGAGGUACCGCCUAGAGCACUACACAAUCUCCUCAAACUGGCUUGCCCUGGGCACAGUGCUUCUGUUCUGCCUGUUGUCUCUCUCUCGCUCUGUAGCUCUGUUCAGAGGAUAUCAUGCACCUCUUGAUCUUUAUCCUGAAUUCCACCGGAUUUCCAAAGAUCCCACCAUCCAUACAGUCCCAGAAGGAAGACCUGUUAAUGUAUGUGUUGGUAAAGAAUGGUACCGAUUUCCCAGUAGCUUCCUCCUUCCUGACAAUUGGCAACUACAGUUUGUCCAGUCAGAGUUUCAAGGUCAGCUCCCCAAGCCAUAUGCAAGUGGUCCUGGAGCAACCCGAAUAAUUCCAUUGCACAUGAAUGACCAGAAUAUGGAAGAACCCACAAGAUAUGUUGAUAUCAAACAGUGUCAUUAUCUUGUAGAUCUUGAUAUUGAAACUGAGACACCACGAGAGCCACGUUAUGCUGCCAUUAAGGAUGAGUGGACAGUCAUAGCAUACAAGCUCUUCCUUGAUUCAUCAAGAUCUUCAAAGCUUUUCCGGGCCUUCUUUGUUCCUUUUCUAUCAGAGCAGCACACCAAAUAUGUGAAGUAUGUCAUUCUGAAGUCCAAGAGAACAAAACAGAGCCGAAAGAAGCCCUAAAGCCAUCAUGUAUGUGAUCUCCUGCACCCGGUUACCUCUCUUUGCCCUAAAACAAGGAAAUGUGGUUGCAUCCGCAACAAUCGCCUUGAGAGAGCCAUGGAAUCAGUGCUAUUAGGAGAAGUACUUAAAAAAGAGAGGAAGCAAGAAAUUAGACUUUUUUCCCCUGUGUAGUCUUAACUAUGGUUUAAAAAUGAAUAAAAAAUCUUACAAAAAAUCCUCUUCAUUGCCACACUAUGGCUCAUGGAUCACGUGCUGGUGGCAGCCUGGGCCUCUGCUUUCUCUAAUAUUGGUGUUCCUACGUCUGAGAGUGGUGGACCUUAUGAUGAUUUGGAAAUGUUGCACAAUAGAGGUCGUAAGCUUUGAGCUGUUUUGCCCUUUCGUCUACUUCAUUCUGUCGUUUCUCUCCUCAGCACCUUUCUAAUAAGUCACUGUAUACACCUCUAACUAGUGUUGUCUGGAUACUUUUGUCAAUCUGGUCUUGAGUAACUUUUCUUCUUAUUUCAAAACUAAAGUAUUUUUCAGCAAACUGCUUUUCAGAGAUGAAGAUGUCUAUCUCCAUAAGAAUUUUGGGCAAGAUCUUGGUGAAGAAAAGUCUAAUGUAACAGUAUUUGCAAAUUUUUACAGAAGAAGCUUACAGACCCUACUGUAAGUUAAGUUUUUAAUGAUUUUGAAAAUGAAGAAAGGGUCUGAAGGGGUUCAAACAGCUGGGUCACUAUCUGUGUUAAGUUUGUAUAUUCCUACCGUGUAAGUCCCACCUAAGAUUGGUUCUUGAUCUGAGACAGAUGCUGCCAUACACUCUUGGUCUCAGCAGUCUUGUAGUGGAAUAAGGUGCUUUCAGAAAAUGAAGGGACAGAUGAAUGGAGAGGAGGGGAGGAUGUGAUUAGCAUGGCGAUGCAUUGAUCGCAGCUGUAGGGCCCCUUUGUUCAGCUAUGCCACUACCUGGUUGGCAUUUGCAGGCUGUCCUUUUGCCUGGGGUUUUCCUUUAAUUUCCCUCAUAAAUGUCAAAGAAAUUAUGGUUAAAUGGGUGUCUCUAAGGCUGUGUCCACAGUACUGCAUUUUCACACUGUGUAAAGAAGUUUUAAAUGCAAAUGAUCUUCAUCUGCACCAGGGUUUUCAUAUCAUUUACAAAAGUAUCUCUACUCACACUAAAACAUCCAAAAAUACAUAUAACAAGGCCAUUUCCCUACACUGGGCAUGUGCACAUCACCGGAAAAAGGAACAGGAUUUGUCCUCCAUGCUAGACAUUCACUUGCAGAUUGUGUUUUCACAUGGAGAGCAACAAUGGCCAAUGCAAAAAAAACAACACGUUGUUUUUUUAAACUGAGGUAGAAUUGUUAUUGAGAGUUAUUCAUGAGUAUAAGACAAGCAGACUGGCUCAGAAAAUGUAAUGAGCAUAAACCAGUCAGAAUAUCAUUAGUCUCUGAAUUUUCAAAACUCUUUGUUUUCACCUAUCCACACUACAGUGCUGUUUCUGUGUUUUCCGAAAUACACAGCACUGAAGAGCAUUUUCAAAAGUCUCCAUUUUCAGGGGUUAAAACACUGGGGUAGUGUGGAUGAAAGGUGAAAACGGAGACUAAUGUCAGUAUUUUUAAGCAAAAACAUUGCAGUAUGGGUGCAGCAAUAGCCUGGUAUUUCAUCCAGGGCUGAUUCAUUACUUGUCCCUAGUGUAGUCAAAACAGGCUCUGUCUACAUGUGAUUGAAUUGGAAGACGCCAGCUCAAAAAAUUAAUUGACGAAAGGUUUAAUAUACAAGGCAAACUGUUAUCAAGACAGUGAAUUAUUGAAUAAAGAGUAUAAAGAGUCUCCAGUCCUAAAACUUAAAUUCCAGCACCUUCUUCCAUCAGUUUUUUGAUCUUUGAGAACAUUAAUUUCUUCUCAGCACAGCUCAUUGUUAUCACUCAGCGAGUCCAAUGUCCCCAAAAGUACAAGUGAGACAA